AUGAUGAUGAAAGACAUGAAGUCUUUACAGCAGGAAAUCUCUGAGGCUCGUCAGCAUUUGGAGGAAAAGGACCAGCUGCUGAAGCACCAAGAGGUUGACCUCAAUCACCAUCGUCAGAUGCAACAGCAGAAUCCUGGUGCCAAAGAGAGCGAUGAUGGCAUCCUUGAUGCCCUUCGGACAGAGGCUGCCGCAAAAGAUAGUGCUCUGAUUGUUUCGCACUAUGAGCUUCACAAGGAAAAGUUGAUGCGAGAUAGGCUUGAGCAAAAGAAUUUAAAGCUCAUGGAAAGAAUGCAGAAGCUGAUGAUGGUGGUGGAAACAAUGCGGAAAGACAAUGUGAAUUUGGAGCGGACACUGGCUUCCAAAGAUAGGAUGUACGAAGAGAAAGUUGCCCAGCUCCGGAUCAUCAUGCAAAAGCUGCGGCAAGUGCAAAAGAACCAAAAGGGUGAGAAGCCAAAGGGUGCUUCAAAGGCCAAGGCUCCAGUCUUGGAGUUGGAAGGUUCCAUGCAGAACUUGCCUUUGAUCGGCUCUGGUAGACGCAGUGGCUCCGCCGGUGGGCGGCGAAGUGGCCAAUCUACACCUCGAGCCCUCAACGGGUCUCCGUACACCACACGGCCCUGA